GAAGUUGCUGCAGAGACACAGAAACAGGAAAAAGGAUCCGAGCCAGCCUGCACUCACUGGGCUGGUAUUUGCACCGGGUCAAUCAGCGUACUUUAAAGUGGGAAGAAAUAGGGGAUUCAGAUCUACGCUGCACUCAUAAGCAAAAACAAAAGACCAGCGGAAAAUGAGCUUCUUCAGUUUUGGGCAAAGUGCAGAAAUUGACGUUGUGUUGAAUGACGCUGAGACUCGUAAAAGAGUAGAGCACAAGACAGAAGAUGGGAAGAAGGAUAAAUACUACCUGUUUUACGAUGGAGAGACCGUCUCCGGGAAAGUAAAUGUCACCCUGAAAAACCCCGGGAAAAGGCUAGAACAUCAGGGGAUUAAAAUCGAGUUCAUAGGGCAAAUUGAACUGUACUACGACCGAGGGAAUCACCAUGAGUUUGUGUCUUUGGUAAAAGACCUGGCCCGACCUGGCGAGAUGACACAGUCCCAAACAUUUGAUUUUGAGUUUACACAUGUAGAAAAGCCUUAUGAAUCAUACACUGGCCAGAAUGUGAAGUUAAGGUACUUUCUAAGAGCAACCAUCAGCCGUAGAUUGAAUGAUAUUACAAAGGAAAUGGACAUUGUUGUUCACACCCUCAGUACCUACCCCGAGAUGAACUCAUCCAUCAAAAUGGAAGUUGGGAUUGAAGAUUGCCUGCACAUUGAAUUUGAAUACAACAAGUCAAAGUACCAUUUGAAGGAUGUGAUUGUGGGAAAGAUCUAUUUCUUAUUGGUUCGAAUCAAGAUCAAGCACAUGGAGAUUGACAUCAUAAAGAGGGAAACUACAGGAACUGGACCAAAUGUGUUUCAUGAAAACGACACAAUAGCAAAGUAUGAAAUAAUGGAUGGAGCCCCAGUCAGAGGUGAGUCCAUUCCUAUCAGGCUUUUUCUGGCUGGAUAUGAAUUAACUCCAACAAUGAGGGAUAUCAACAAAAAGUUCUCUGUACGAUACUACCUCAAUCUCGUUCUUAUUGAUGAGGAGGAAAGGAGAUAUUUCAAACAACAGGAAAUAACUUUGUGGCGAAAAGGAGAUAUUGUUCGAAAGAGUAUGUCCCACCAGGCAGCCAUUGCAUCACAACGCUAUGAAGGAUCGACAAAUACUGGAAACAAGCCUAUGGUACAAAAUCAGGAUGCAGAGAACUAGCCGUUUUUUUUGUCAAAGUCUAGGCAGCUAGAUUAAUAACAUAACCUACUUAAAUCAAUGGCAAAGAAAUUAGUGUUUUUCAAGUUGACAAAAUUUCCUUCAGAUGACAUCUUUGGGACGAGAUGUGACUGAAAUUUAUAGGGCAGCCUUUGUGUUUUAGCAUCACCUUAAUCCAGAUUUUCGUUCUACUUUUGAAACAUGUUGAAGCAUACAAUAUCAUGCGAAACUUAGAGUCAACGAGUCUAGGUUCCAUUAUUAUAUUGUUAUUCAAGCAUGUGCAGUUUUUGUCCUAUCGUGAAGAACCUCUGAAUACAGUACUAGUUUUAUCAGCUUAAUGACCAGUUUUGUCUUAUAAAAAAAAUUAGCUAUUUUCUUCAAAAGGUUUGAACAUCAAGUUAAUCCUAUUUUGCCCCACAUUGCACUGAACUAUUCCACACUCCACAUAUCAUACUAAGAUUGUGCCCCACCUCCCCAACCUAAUCCACACUAGAAGGUUAUAUUAUAAUUGUGCUUUUAAACUGAAUUAUCUGAAUGUUUCCAUUAUUGAUGCAUGCAAUUUUUUUGGGUGUUUCUAGUCACUUGUUCAAAAUGUGUCUGUUCUCUAAACAUUUUAAAGGUGGGGUAUGAUUUAUAUAAAAAAAAUUAUAUCAAUGGAAUUUUUUUUCUAAACCUAAAAGAAGUUCAUACAAUAGAAUUUUAGAAUCUUACAGCACAGGAGGAGGACAGUUGGCCCAUUGUGCCUAUGAUGGCUCUUAGAGCUAUCCAAUUAUUCCCAAUCCCCUUCUUUCCCUAUUGCCUUGCUAUUUUCUCCCAUUCAAGUAUUUAUCAAAGUCCCUUUUGAAAGUUACUAUUGAAUCUUCUUUCAGUACCUUUUCAGGCAGAUUGUAACAACACAUCUCAUGUAUUGUGCUGAAAAUAGUUUGAGUACUCGACCACUUAUGUAGUGAUUUUUUUUUUUCCCCCCAGUAUAACCUGAAAAAUGGUAUUAUGCAUAAAAUUUCAACUGUAUAAAAAUAGUUUGCGUAGAAAAUUUCAAUAUGCACGUUUCCUCUGUAGAAAUCACGAUCAAAUUUUAACAUUCCAUAUUACCAUCUUGUUCAAAUGUGCCAUUUUAAUGCUGCAGAUGUUUUACUCCAAUCAGGACAGUUUAUGGCAAGUUGUAUAUGUAAUGUGUUUAUCAAGAUAUAAAUGUAGGAUCUAGGAAGGCUCAAAGAAUCAUGCAUUCCAAAAUAAGAAGGUGUUUUCACUUAAAGUAACAACCAUCUUACACUAAGGCAAGUGUUUUUUUUUGUGUUUGCAGUGAGCAACAGGCUUUGUUUUUAACCAUGGUUUACUCAAUGAACUGUAAUAGAUUAAUAUUCAACAUCUUAAAUUGCCCAUAAUUUCUUAUCUUUCUGAAUUCAAUGUAAUUUUUUUUAAUCUCAGCUAAAAUAGUUGUACAUGGGAAAGAUGGAAAUUGUUUCCAACCACAUCAAACAAUCUAAAGUAGUGUUAACCUUGACUUUCUAUCCUGCAAAAUGAUUUUGUUUUCUGGAUAUCCUGAAGUAUUGCUAUUUUAUUUGAAGUUAUACAUUUAAAAGUGUGUAUUUAAGUAUCAUUAUCAACUGUUUUUAAAAUCCUAGAUGGUCGAGGUGUAUGUAACCCUUCAGAGCAUUUCUUAAAGGACAGAUGAUCUGAAACCAUUACCCAAAAUGGGCACUCUAGGAAAAAUGAUGCAGUAUUAAAGAUUGUUAUGGGGUACUCACUCUCAAAUCAAAUUGAAUAUUUGAUUUUAUAAAUAACAUUCUCUGGUUUUGUUUGUAACUAUAUCUAGUUUGGUAUGGAAUGCUGUUCCAUUCCGGUUUCCAAUCUUUCCUUUAAGAAGGGUUCUUUGUCAAACUGAAAAUUUAUGGAAAAUGAAACUGUGACCUAAUAAUCUAUUUAAAUGAUAGGUACUACAUUAAUUCCAAAUAGGCUUCCAAAUGUAACAAGUGCUUCCUCCAGUCUCAGUACAAAAUAUAAACAGUAAUCUGCUAGCUGCCAGAUCAAGGCCUUAAGAUCUUGUAAACAGAUAUAAAAGAUCUGUUAGUUCUCAGCAAUGUUGCUUAAUAGACACUUGAUCUUUGUUUACCAUAUCAACCCAGGAGAGGGAGGCAAGCAAUGUGUUGUCCCUAAAUUUUCAGAAAAAAAGAUCUUCUUGGCAACUGAAUCAAAGAAAUUUAAUGUGGAAAAAGGCCAGUUGGCAAGUGUGCAAAAUGAAAGACUCAGUAGAAUAGAACCUCCUGAUUUCUAAAUAGAGCCACUCUGGAUAAAUCAAUAACCUGGUUUAGAAUCAUGGUUUUGAGGGGAAAAAAAGUCUACUGGCUAGGAAUUUGGUAUUUUUCAGGGUGAGCAGGGAGAAUGGUAUUUCAAAGAUUUUUACAUUUUUCUAUUUACAGUAGUUUUAAACAUCUUCCUUUGCCUUUCCAGCCAAAAUCUCUCUCUCAUUCAAUGUCAGUCAGUCUAGGUCAAUAGAAAACAUGAGUUUGUCUUCAGACAUUCUUGUUUGUAAAAUGAACUAGAAACCAAUGGAAAUAAUGUAAUUUUAAAUGGAAAAAUUUUGAAUGUGUCUCAGUAGCAAAAUACCUGUUUAAAAAAAAAAGCAUUGUUCAGUAUUUUUCAAAUUACAUCUUCUGAUGAAAAGAAAAUUACUGUUUUGACUUCUAAAUUGUAACAAUAGCUAGCUAACCUGAUGGACCUGCUGUAUGUCAGCAUUGACAGUGGAAAAUUAGUUGACUUAAUACUUCAGUAUUGCAGACUAAUAAUUAAUUUUGCAGGUUAAUUGUACUUAUAAUUGUCACCCUACUUUUUGCAUGAAUAAGACCUGAUGUUUCAAUUUCAAUUGACCACAAUCCAAUUUAUUACAAACAGUAUGAGUACUUGGAUAUAAAUUCUUAAGUUACAUUGGGAAUUCUUGGCUGACAUUUUUAUUUUCUCAUUUCUCAUUACUGAAUUUCUUUAAGGCAGGAAGUGUACAAAUCUUUGGAAAUAUUUUUGUUUUUUUUCUCUGAACAAGUGAAAAUAUUUCUAGAUUAACAUUAACUUUUUCAAUUUAAUAUAUUGUCCCAUUUCAUAAUGCUUAUUAAAAUUGUGAUAAUGAAGGUAGUGGUUACUGGUUAGUAAUACGUUUGUUCAGGACUUUGAAGCUUGCAAUAAUCAUCGGUUAUUUGCAUCAGUUUCAUAUAACCCAUGAAGCCUUUUGCGCAGCACCCUAUAUUUUAUUUGUCUGAUCUAAGUAAAAAGGCAGGCAUGGAUCGCAGUGGGUGGGAGUAUUUGAGAUAGAUAUUACCAUCAAAAACAGAAACUAAACUUUUGUUCAGACUUUCUUCAUACACUUGGUGGAAAUGGCUGGAUAGCCACCAUAGGGCCCUCCUUUACUAUUCCUCCCUAGACCGCCUUUAAUGGCAUUUAACGUAAGGGAAAACUUAAUUAGGGCAGGCAAUGGCCUAACAAUAUUAUCAUGUUAUAGACUAUUAAUCCAGAAACUUGGGUAAUGUCCUGGGAGACCCGGGUUUGAAUCUCACCACAGCAGAUGGUGGAAUUUAAAUUCAAUAAAUAUCUAGAAUUAGGAAUCUAAUAAUGACUAUGAAACUACUGUCGAUUGUCAGAAAAAUCCAUGUGGUCCACUAAUGUCCUUCAGUAAAGGAUAUCUGCCAUUCUUACCUGAUCUGGUCUAUGUGUGACUCCACAGCCACAGCAAUGUGGUUGACUCUCAACUAUCCUUGAAAUGGCCUAGCAAGCCAUUCAAUCUCAAAAAAGGAAUGAAACUGGAUGGACCACCUGUCAUCAGCGUAGACACUUACAAAGUUCUCCUCACUCACAUCUGGGGUCUAAUGCAAUAAUUGGGUGAGCUGUCUCACAGACUAGUCAUGCAACAGCCUGAUAGUUACAGUCAUGGAAUGUUCCAGGCACCACCACCACCACCCUUGUGUAUGUCCUGUCCCAUUGCCAAGACAGGCCCAGCAGAGAGGUUGGGGCACACUGGUGUACUGCCAGGAGAGCAGUAGCCUGCGAGUCUUCAACAUUGCCUCUGGACAACAUGAGAUCUUGUAGCAUCAAGUCAUGCACAUGCAAGGAAAUCUCCUGCUGACUACCACGUAUUGCCCUCCCUUGGCUGAUGACUUUGCGCUCCUCUAUGUUGAACAACUCGAGCGCAGAAUGUAGUCUGAGUGGGAGAUUUCAGUGUUCCCCACAAGAGUGGCUCGGCAGCAGCAUUACUAAUUAAGUUGGCCAGAUCCUAAAGGACAUACUGCUUGUCUGCGUCUGCAGCAGGUGUUGAGGGAACCAACAAGAUGGAAAAACAUACCUGACCUCGUCCUUACCAAUCUGCCUGCUGCAGAUGCAUUUGUCCACAAUAGUAUUGGUAAGGGUAAUCACCAUACACUUCUUCACUUUGAUACUGUCUUACAUCAUGUUGUGCAGCACCGUCGCUGUGCUAAAUGGUACUGACUUCAAACUGAUCUAGAAACUUAAGCCUGGGCAUCCAUGAUGUGCUAUCAGCCAUCCGUAGAAGCAGAAAUAUAUUCCUGUGCAAAUCUGCAAACUCUCAGCCCUGCAUUUUCCCCGCUUUAUCAUAUCCAUCAAGCCAUGGGAUCACCUCUGGUUCGAUAGAGAAUACAGUAGGGUACGGCAGAAGAAGUACCAGGCAUACAUACGAGACAAAAAUGAGGUAUCAAUCUGCUGAAGGAACAAAACAGGACUACUUGUAUACAAAACAACACAAGCAGCAAGUGAUCCCAUAAUCAAAGAAUCAGAUGUACGCUCUGCAGUCCUGCCACACUCACUUGUGAUUGGUGGUGGAUCAUAAAGCACCUCACUGGAAGAGGAGACUCCACAAACAUCUCCAUCCUUAAUGACGGCAGAUCCCAGCACACCAGUGCAAAAGGCUGAAACAUUCACAACAAUCCUCAGCCAAAGUGCCAAGUGGAUGAUCCAGCUCAACCCCUCCAGAGAUCCUAAGUUCAUAGAUGCCAGUCUCCAAAUGAUUUAAUGCACUCUACAUUAUAUCAAGGAAUGGUUGGAGGCAUUGGCUACAGCAAAGGCAAUGGGCCCUGAAAACAUUCUGGCAAGAAUACUGAAGACUGGAGCUCUAGAAUUGACCGCACCCCUAGCCAAGCUGUUCCAAUACUGCUCCAACACUGGCAUCUGCCUGACAGUGUGGGAAAUUGCCCAUGUAUGUCCUGUACCCAAAAAGCAGGACAAAUCCAACCUGGCCAUUGGAUACCGUCAGUCUAACUCUUGAUCAUCAGUAAAAUGAUGGAAGGUGUCAUCAACAGUGUCAUCAACAGUGUCAUCAAGCAGCACCUGCUCAGUGAUGCCCAGUUUGGGUUCCCCCAGGGUCAUCGGCACCGGACCUCAUUACAGCCUUGGUUCAAACAUGGACAAAAGAGUUGAAUUCCAAAAGUGAGAUGAGAGUGACAGCCAUUGACAUCAAGGCCACAUUUGACUAAGUAUGGCAUCAAGAAGCCUUAGCAAAAUUGAAGUCAGAAUGAAUUACGGAAAACUCUUCAAUGCUGAGAGGCAUACUUGGCAUGUAGGAAGGAUGGUUGAGGUUGUUGGAAGUCAGUCAUCUCAGCUUCAGGACAUCUCCGCAGGAGUUCCUUAGGGUAGUUUCCUAAGUUCAACCAUCUUCAGCUGCAUCACCUUCCCUCCAGCAUUAAGUGUGGAUGCUCGCUAUUGAUUGUGCAAUGUUCAGACUAUUUAUGGUUCCUCUAGUACUGAAGCAGUCCAUGUCCAAAUGGAACAAGACCUGGAUAUUAUCCAGGCUUGGACUGAAAAAUGUCAAAUAACAUUUACGCUAAACAAAUGCAUGGCAAUGACUAUUUCCAGUAAGAGAUAAUCUAACCACUGCCCCUAGAUGUUUAACGUCAUUACUAUUCCUGAAUUCCUCACUGUCAAUGUCCUGGGAGUUACCAUUCAUCAGAAAAUUGAACGGAUUCACCAUUUAAAUGCAGCAGCUACACGAGCAGGUCGGUGGCCCGGAUACUGUCGCGUGUAACUUACCCAAAGCCUGUCCACCAUCUGCAAGGCAUAAGGGAGGUGAAUGAUGAAAUACUCCCCACCUGCCUGGAUUAGGGUAGUUCCAAUAACAAUUAAGAAGCUUGAUACCAUCCAGAACAAAGCAGCCUGAUUUACUGACACCACAUCCUCAAAUACUGUCUUUCCACUGAUGCACAGUAGCAGCAGUGUGCACCAUCUACAAAUGAAUUACAAAAAUUCACCAAAGAUCUUUGAGCAGCACCUUCCAAACCCACAACCACUACCGUCUGGAAAGACAAGGUCAGCAGAUACACGGGAAUACCACCACCUUCAAGUUCCCCUUCAAGCCACUCACCAUCCUGACCUAGAAAUAUAUCACCAUUCUUUCACUGUCACUGGGUCAGAAUCUUCGAAGUCCCUCCCUAGUGGCAUUGUGGAACCUUACAGCAGGCAGACUGCAGUGGUUCAAGAAGGCAGGUCACCACUAUCUUCUCAAAAGCAACAAAUCCUGGCCAAGCCAGCAACACCCACAUCCCAUGAGUGAAUAUUUAAAAAGAAACUUGGUUGCUAAGUGAUUCCCUUACUACAUUUGUGUUUGUUUUCAUGUGUGCCAUUUUUACCAGCAAAAUAUAGCCCAGGUUAUAGAAUAGAAUAGAAUUCCUACAGUGCAGAGAAAAGGCCAUUCAGUCCAUCAAGUUAGCACUAACCCUUCAAACAGUAUGCCACCCAGACUCACCUCCACCCUCCCACCCCCAUCCCUUUAGCCUGCAUUUACCAUGACUAAUCCACCUAGCCUGCAUAUUCCUGGACACAACUAAGCAAUUUAGCACAGCCAAUCCAACUCAUCUGCACAUCUUUGGACUUUGGGAGGAAACCGGAGCACCCAGCAGAUUCCCAUGCAGAUACAGGGAAAACAUGCAUACUCCACACAGUCACCCAAGUUUGGGAUUGAACGCAGGUCCCUGACGUUGAGGGGCAGCAGUGCCAAGCACUGUACUGCUCAUAUGUUGCUACAUUUUAUUUUCUGUUGAGAUGGGAACUGUUCUAGAGUUUGUGAGAGUCUGCAAUUGAAGCAACCUCAGUGUAAUCAGUCAAUGUAUUCUGCACCAUUUUGCUUGUUUCUUUUGCUGCUAUCAUCUGCAGGCGUUGUUCUUGAGGAAGCCUUCAUGCUUUGAAAUUAACUUUUAAGAAGUACUUUUGGACAUUAGGUCUAUUGGAAAAGAUAGCACUUGUUGAAGCAAAUUAUAAAAUGCCUUGAUAAUCUUAGUGGUAGAGAAUAUCAUUAAUAUUGUAAUUUUUUCUGGAUAGUUUUACGUGCAAUUAUCCAGGUUAGUGAUGCCUUGUCUUAACUUCAUUUAUUAUGAUACUGCUAUCUUAGCUUUGUGGUUUACAAAAAUUUUUAAGAGGGAGGAGAAAGGCAGAAUGUAUUGUGAAUUUAAGUAGAAUUUUUUUAUUAUGACAAACAGUAUAUAAGUAGUAAUGUGGAAAACAAUUGUAUUUUGUACCCCCAAAACAGAACAGAAAAUAAGUUUAGAUGGUUGUGGUUAAGACACUGAUCAAGCACAUUCAAGUUAGUUGCAUUCUACAGUUUCACAAUUAAAUAAUCAACCAGGAGCUCUGGCAUUGCACUGUAUUCAAUCAGUCAUGUGACCAGGUUGAUAUUCAAACUCAUCCAUUUUUAGUUUGACAUUUUGCAGCAGAAACUGUUAUCAGCGAUCUCCUUAAUCCUCGACUAGAGAAGACUCACCAAAGCCUUUGAGACGUUCUGUCCUGAUUGACACUAGAAAACAAAACAGAUCUCGAGGGUGAAAAAAUUAAUCAUGUGAUAGCUUAGCUUUUUAUAGUAAUUGGUUACUGUAAAAGAAUUUUGUGUACAUCUUUGUGAAACUGCCAUCAUUGAAAGCAUAUAUGCCUGCUUGUGUCAGUAGCUAGUUUAAGUAGUUUCUUCAAAUUAAGUUUGUACAUGUCUAUAAAUACUAGAUUGUUUUGAAAGGGCACAAAAGGCUAUAUAGUUAAUUGUUUUAGAACAUUCCUUUUAAUAUUGUACAUGCACAAUUCGUUUUAUUUGAAAAUCUAUCAUUAAAAAAUACCUUGACUAGUUCACAAGAAUGAAACCUCAGUGUGCGAAAGAAACCAGAUUUGUACAUUUUCUUCCUAUGACGAUAUACUGGAUUUUACAAAAUACAGUUGUCAAAUGUAAA